UCAUCGCGCGAAGGGGCCGCGUCACGUCGCACCCGUCUUGUCAUCAAUGUUAUCGCAAACAACUUUCGGAUACAUCGAUACUUUUGAGACACUUCUACAAAACCCGAGAAAAUAUGCGAUAACGAAGAUAAGGCUCGAGAAAUGCACGCAACGCAAAGUCGAUACUUGAACAUGCUGAUCUAACGUUUCUUGUUUAUCGGCUUGUCACCGCUGAAUUCGUUAUUUUCUGCUUACUCGCAAUUCGACAUCCGUAUCUGAUACGAAGUAUCCUUGAAAAAAAAAGAGAGAGAGAGAGAGAAAGAAACGCAGCAGUUCCGUCUUCAGUGCUCGGAUCCAUAAAAUAGCCGAAGUGCGAACACUACUUUUUCGCACAUCCCGCGUUUUGCGGAAGUGACUCGCGAGGAGAGAGAGAGAGAGAGAGAGAGAAACCGCAGUCGAUACUUCUGAUUUAAGAGGACCUGCCCGCCAACCGCCUCCUACGAUCGGUACGUUCCUGGCACCGCGCUUGGUGGGGGCAGAAGGAGCGGAGAGCGAGGGUGUCGGUCGUUCGGUCGGCGCACAGCGAACAGUGGUGAGCGGACUCGUAUACCGGCUACGGGGUCGUCGAGUGAUGGACGAGCUCGCGCGCACCGUGCAAUAAUCGUCGUCGAGGAGAGGAGGCCCCGUGUCUCGCGCGAGGACAGUCGCUCGCUCGGGAAGAGCGGAAAGCCGUCGGGCGGAAGCAACGUUCUCUGAUCGCCGAGAGGAGGAGGGCUUCGAUGCGCCAGGAUGUGAAAGAACUCCGGAGUCGUGAGAAGAGACGCGCAAAAGCGAGCCACCUUGUGCGGGAGAAGCGUGUCUCCGUCGGUCCUCGUCGUCAGUUCGACGGGAUUUCCGCAGUGGUUCAGUGCUCCCCCUCGGCGUUCGCGCGAGAGUACUCGAGAGGGUGGGUGCGAUCAGACGCGAGCUAUCGAGCGGCCUGCUCGCGGGGAUGCACGUGCGUCGCGGUGCAUCUCGCCGGAGAUAGGAGGCGGACACACGUCUCUGGCGCGCGGCGAAAAAAAAAACCGUCACCUGUCAACCCCGGCGAUGGAUCAUCCGCGGGAGGAGGGGCGGUGAGGUGCGAUCGGAUCGACCGGUCGACAACGUCGAGUCUCCUCGUGUCACUCGAUACAGCGUCGUGUACACAUUGUUGUUGUCUCUCUCUCUCUGUCUCUCUCUCUCCCUCGCGACACAUGUCCCCGUCGUGUCGGCGAAGCUCGCGCGGCGGAUGCUGCUGAAUACGGCGAGAAUCUCUCUCGAGAUAUCGGGAUCCUCCUCUUCCGUUCGGCGGAAGAGGAUCGCCGCUGUCACGCGUAUCGCCACUUAAUGCGCGAAACACGAGCGUGUACGGACGUCGACGGCGGCAUCGAGCAGCAUCGGACGCGGAUUUCUUCCGAAGGGGAAGACACCUCGUCGGGAGACGGCGGAUGCGACGCAAUUCGUCUUCGCGAGUGAACGACGGUUAUCUUAUCGUUCCAAUUAUUAAACUUCGGCUGGGAAAGAACGCGGGUCGAUUAGCGUUAUCUCGUCGGUAGCUGCUGAGAGGAAAAAAUCUUGCGAUCAUUCUAGUCGUGUCGCGUCCACCUUGACGAGACCUUGACAGGACUUCGACGGGACAGCAUCGAGCACGUUUCCAGAUCUCAUAGGAAGUCCCUCUCUCUCUCUCUCUCUCUCUCUCACUUUUCCAAGUCUAACUCCGCACCCUGGUCGACGACGUUGCAUCGGAUAUGCCACCGAGUGCUUGUCCGGAGCGCGACACGUCGGGACAUCGUCAGCGGGAGUUCCGUAUCGCCUUCUCGUCGGCAAGCCAGCGACAACGCGGAGCGACUCCGAGGCGAGUUUCACGAGCUGCGAGAUCCGCGACUGAACGUUGAUUCCAUCCGUGAGGGACACCCCAGCAGGAUGUUGCCGCCGAGCGCGAUCGACGUGCAGAGCUUCGCGCCGCGCUGCGACGUCAGCACCCGCGGCCUGCUGUCGGAGACGAUGUGCGCGGAAUUGCGGCCCGAUGUGACGGCUACCUCGACGUGUCACAUCCUCGAGGCGCGCGCGGUCGCGAGAUGCCACGAGGAGUUCGACGAGACCAUCCGCACCGCCUCGGAGCCGGAGUGUUCGAAGCGGAGGAUCGAGUCGACGACCGGCGGGAGCACCAGGUCUAUGGACGGCCGCUCGCGGCAGGGCUUCUCCAAGGGCUCCGCCUCUCUGCAGAGCCUGGUUCGCCGGAGGAGCCGACGACACGGCGGCUCGUCCUUACCUCUGGAGGCCGAGCUGUCCUCGAGGCAGGCCGUCUAUCCCGCGGACCUCGUCAGGGAUAACGCGGCGAUGUUCCGGAACGGGGAGGAGGAGACGCGAACCGCGACGCCGACGUCGACGCUCAUCUACGCGAGCUCGUCGGCGCAACCGUCGACCUCGCGGGCCGACAACAACGCCCAGGACGUCUCCUCGUCGGCCAGCAACGUCGUCACCAGCGGCAGCAACGCUACCUCCACGACGAUCAGCGGCAGCGGCGGCGGUCGUUUCGGCAACACGGCGGCGGUCUCGUUGCCGAGAAGCGCGACCAGCGUCGCGACACCGGGACCAUCGACUUCCUCCUGGAACAACAGCGUCGCCGAGCAGGAGAGCGAUUACGUGGUCGACCCGGUGCAGGGCAACGCUUACCACAAGGGUUACUUCCUCGGCAAGGGCGGCUUCGCGAGAGUUUACCUGAUGACCGACGUUAAUAAUGGGAAUCAGUACGCGUGCAAGAUCAUCCCGAAGAAUCGCAUGCAGAAGAUCCACAUGCAGAAGAUCGCGCGUGAGAUCAUGAUCCACAAAGAGCUGAAUCACGUGAACGUCGUUCAGAUGCAUCACUACUUCGAGGACAACCUGAACGUGUACAUGCUCCUAGAGGCCUGUCCGCGUAAGAGCUUGAUGCACGUGCUGAAGUACCGUGGCAAAGUCACGGAACCGGAAGCGCGUUACUACAUGAAGCAAAUGGUGACAGGCGUGGCGUACAUCCACUCGCAGAAAGUCGUCCACCGGGACCUGAAGCCGGGCAACAUGUUCCUGUCGGAUCGGAUGAUCGUCAAGAUCGGCGACUUUGGACUGGCGACCAGGCCCGACGGCCAACGUAGGCGAGUGACGAUAUGCGGCACGCCGAACUACAUCGCCCCGGAAGUGCUGUACAAGCAGGCGUACAGCUACGAGGCGGAUGUUUGGGCGUUGGGCUGCAUACUUUAUGCCCUGCUGGUGGGGCAGCCGCCGUUCGACACCGCCACGCUCAAGGAGACUUACGCGAGGAUCUGCAACAAUCAUUACCGCGAGGUGGACGACAGUAUCGCGAGCAGGAGCGGCCAGGAUCUGAUCAGGUGGCUGCUGCAAUCCAAUCCCGAGCUGAGACCGAGCCUGGAGAGAGUGAAGGAGCACGCUUACCUCACCAAGGAAUACGUGCCGGCGGCCUUGCCCCACACUUGCUGCUACCGGAUGCCACCGACGUCGAUCAUCGAGCCAUCCUCGGUCUCGACGGUCGCCAGGGGCCAGCCAGAGGCCACCAAAACGCAGCAGGUAUGGCAGCAGAGUCUCGUUCAUCCUGACGCGCCCAACAUACCGCGUUAUCAGCAGCAAUCGCUACAAGCGCAACAGCAACAGCAAUUCCCGCAGCAACAUUUUCUCAAUCGCUCGCAGAAGAGUCUGCAGAAGGAGUCCAAGGUUUCCAGCUGGCUCGUGAGGAAGUUGCCGAAGCUGCCGCGAUUCCGGCAACGGCUCAGCAGCGUGCUCUGUCCGGAUCACAAGAAGGUCGGCCUCGUGGCGCAAAGUGUGCAAAUGCAUCGCGCUCUGGAGACCUGCGUGACGGAGAUGAAGCGCAACAACACGUGCAACCCGCCAACUGUGGAAGACGACAUCGUGCCGCUUUUCGUCACCAAGUGGAUCGACUACUCGAACAAGUACGGGCUGGGCUUCCAAUUGUCCGACAAGUCAGUCGGUGUUCUCUUCAAUGACAACACGAAGAUCAGUUACACUCACGAUAGAAGAAGAGUGGAGUACAUGACGACCGACGACGAGGUGACGCGGUACCACAGAGAAAAGGACAUCCCGUUGGCGCUGCAGAAGAAGCUCGAGUUGCUCCGUCACUUCACCGCGUACAUGGACGACUUUCUCACAGAAGGUGGUGAGCUGAAAAAAUACCGGGCGCCGCCGCGACAGUCGAAAAACGCUUGCGUGCCGCGAAUGAGACGGUGGCUGCGUACGGACAAGGCCAUCGUGAUGGAGCUAACGGUACCUCUGCUGCAAGUGAACUUCUUCGUCGACCACACGAAGAUGGUGGUGUCGCAGGAGUCGCCGGGUAGGGGAUACCUGAUCACUUACAUCGACACUGGCCGGCACGCGUCCUCUUAUUGGCUGAACGAUCUGCGUGACCUCGGCUGCACCCCGGACCUCUACGAGCGGCUGUACUACGUCUGCAAAGUGACGCGCGAGUUCGCCGAGCUAGACAACAACACGAUCGCCUGACCGCCGGUGAAUUCCCGCGGAACGCGCCAUUCCCUCCGACGCUGAAAACCGAAGGAAGGAGAAAGACGGCCGGACGGUAUCAUCUCUCGCAGAUAUAUCUGAUUUCGAGCUCUCAUCCGGGCGACCUCUUCCCGCUCGGAUUCCGACGGUUGUACAAUUCCCCGAGGAGUAAUCGUCGGCCAUUACGGAACGUAACUAUUACGAGACGAGGAGGAAAUGACAGAAAGAGAGAGAGAGAGAGAGAAAAAAGAAGCAUUCGGACCCCCCCGGUUCAGCGGAGUUGCAGUAGCCGCGGCGGCGCGUCACGGUACAUACCGUUACGCGCAUUUCUCGGGAGAGAGGUCGUAAAUAAGAACACGUCACGCGUUUGCCCGAGAAGGCGUGUCACACACGCGAAAAGAGCCGCUGCGAGCGCUUCCGUUGGGAUUAACGAGCUUGUGUGUUGUUGUUCUCGCGAAAGAAGUCAGAGGGCACCGGCCGGCCGCCGCCGAAAUAGCAUUUGCGAACGGGGAGAGCCGAAAGCCGACGCGCUUAUUUCUACGCACACCGUCGGCGACCCGUCGCGCGGAAAUUCGCGGAUUUUCAUUUCAACGGAGACUCCUCUUACUCCUCGUGCAAGAGUAACUCGAGGAAUCCGCCGAGAUGUCGAGAGAUCAAUGCGAACGUCGUGGUCGAUUAGAGACGAAAGAAUCGAUAAGAUAGAAUCAGUCUGUUCUUUCUAGCUGAACUGGCUGCGCUGAUUCACGACGUGUACGUACGCAUUGGAGUACGUAUGAAGCGUACGUACGAGACUCUCGUGCUUCGGUGUGUGCGCGUAAAUUUCUUGAACCAGUGCGACCAGCCCCAACUGAAAAGAACGGGCCGGGAUAAAUCGCGUUCGGUGACGCUUUUCAUCGGUAAGGAAUGUGAGCCGGGUAUCGCGAGUACGAGUGUCGACAACAUUGUUACUACCUCCAUUAAAUAGGUAGGCACAGUCGCUAAUGUAUUUAUUUCGUCGUGGCGCAGAUCUCUCUAGUUCAGUGCCUAUAUCGAGUAAGUAAGAUCGACACAUUCGGUAGAUUAGUUUCCGUCGGGCGUUAAAUCGAGUGUUCGAUCAUCCGACAGUUUUAUUACAUUCGAUCGCGUGUUACUUUGCGCGCACAAAGUCCUAUCGUUCGAAACGAUGAACAUUUUUCACGUACAAAAAUAUAUAUGCCCCGCUGAAUAAACACGAUGUUAACGAAAUCCAAGCUCCAUUGUCCCACGAUUCGUUGUUAAGACACCGUGUUGCCUGUAAACCUUCGAUUAUAUCCGGGAGAGAGAGAGAGAGACAGAAAGAGUCUUUGAAUCUCGUAGGGAGUAAGAAAACGCGACCAACACGAAACAAAAAAAAAACAUGAAUCUAAUAAUAUAUCCGAAGGAAGUUUCGAUUCUUCGCACGUUCUCCGAUCUCUCGAGGUGUUCUUCGGACUAUUUGUUGUUGUUCGUGAGGGAGAUAGAGAGAAAAGGGAAAGCAAGAUAUUUGUGAUACUUGUAAGAUUGUUACUGAAACUGGAUCUGACGCGAUCUGGAAAUGUAUGUGUGUAUGUGUGUAUGUGUGUGUGCGCGCGAAGAGUCGUCGAAACGCGUCUGUCGGUAGUGCGCGUGAAAGCGGAUGUAGCGUGUCCUGUGUCUACCGUGUGUUGUUUCUCACAGACCAAUUUUUUUAGGAUUUUCCCGGCCGAUUUUUGGUUUCGUCUAAUGUGAUAUGUGUGCGUCAUAUAUAUAUACAUAUAUAUAUAUACACACAUUCUAUCAUAAAUAUGAACGUGAGAAUUCGUCGUCGCGCGGUCUUUUGAUAGGGUUCGUCGUCGAGUACUUAAAAACCGGCCACGGCAACGCCUCACUGUGUUGCUGCGGUGUGCGAGAGUUGCAGGAAGGCCCGGCAAAGAAGGAAGAAAAGAGAGGAAAACGAAGAAAAAUUUUUAGCAAUCCUAGUCACGCUCCUUUUUCACGUAUCUAGAUUUAAGAGCGACGAGUGUCUCACUGCCAUCGUUGUUAACGCCGUAGUAACGCGUUGCUAAUACUGUGUAUCUCCAGGCUGUUACGUUUGUAGUUGAUAGCACUAUUUAUUAGUUGCGUUUACGCGCACGCGUCUACACACUUGUUGAGAGUUCAUCGUGCGUUGUUUACUUGUUGCUGCGGUGGCGCGCGAACGCUUCUUUUAGCUGUCGACGUCGUCGUCGAUGGGAUUCGCGAGCCGCGUCGCCCGUCGGGAAUUCCCGCCUCGACCCCUCCCCCCUUCCCCCUAUGCAUUUUUCAGGGAGCGAUGCGACGCGUCUCGUUAGAAGUUCUACUUCCUGUUAUCGUGUAUAUUAACGCCAAUAUUAUAGUUAUCGCUAGCUCUAUUAUUAUUGUUAUUACUCUAUUACUAUAUAUUAUCAUAUAUAAUUAUUAAUAUUAUUAUAAUAAUUAUAUAUAUAUAUUAUACAUGAAUAUAUUGCUGCUAUCGCUAUUGACACGUAACUGACGAUACUAUUGUCACGACAGUGAUUGCAAUUAUCUUUAGUACAAGUAUUAAUUAUUCAUUAGCAGUAAUGGCAAUUAUUACGAUUAGCAUCGCGCGUUUGGGCGCACUCGUAUACAUUACACGAAGCAAUCCGCUGCAUCGCGUCCGAAGACUACCGUCACGAUCACCGAGUGCAGUGAUAUUAUUAUUAUUAUUAUUAUAUUUUAUUUUUUAUCGGAAUUUUAUAUCGCAUUUCACGAUUGUGCGCGCGCGUUUCAUACAACGAGGCAGCGAUUAACACUAAGGAUCUCAGAUAUUUUCCGCUUUGUUUGUCUUCCACGAAGGAGGAAUAAAGCGUUAGAUUCGAAGCAAUAUAGGCGCUGUUUCAAUUAUGACGAAGAGAGCGCAUCGUGUAAGUUAGAGGGAGAAGAGUGUCGUUAGCGAGACAUUGAAUAAAAACUACAUUUUUCAUAAAGUA